GUGUGAGGUCACUUCCUGCGUGCCGGGUGGCUUCCAGCAGCGUUUCCUGUCUCGCUCUCUCUCUGCUGCCUGUCCGCCGCCAUCAUGGGUCGCAUGCACGCUCCCGGGAAGGGCCUGUCCCAGUCGGCUCUGCCCUAUCGCCGCAGCGUCCCCACUUGGCUGAAGCUGACGUCCGACGACGUGAAGGAGCAGAUUUACAAACUGGCCAAGAAGGGCCUGACUCCCUCCCAGAUCGGUGUGAUCCUGAGGGACUCCCACGGCGUCGCUCAGGUGCGUUUCGUGACAGGCAACAAGAUCUUGAGGAUCCUGAAGUCCAAAGGCCUGGCUCCUGAUCUCCCCGAGGAUCUGUAUCAUUUAAUUAAGAAAGCAGUUGCUGUGCGCAAGCACCUCGAGCGGAACAGAAAGGAUAAGGAUGCCAAAUUCCGUCUGAUUCUGAUAGAGAGCCGCAUUCACCGAUUGGCUCGAUACUACAAGACUAAGCGGGUCCUCCCCCCCAAUUGGAAAUAUGAAUCUUCCACAGCGUCUGCCCUGGUGGCAUAAAUUUGACUCUGUACUCAAGCAAUAAAAUCAUUGUUUGAAAAAAA